GAACAUAUACUACUAAUGAAAAAAAAUUAUUAUUAUGAGCGAGUUGUCCUAUCGGUAACGUGCUCGGCGGAGUCUGCUUUGAGCGGUCAGAUCGUUCGGACGUGUGCAAUUCAAACCGUACACCUUCCGUUUAUCUGAUUGCUGAUUAGCUUUAUUCAUUUAAUUUUGUUACAAAAUUUUCUUUUCAAAUUGAACAAGUAAAUAAAAGAAAGUUUCAAUCUGUCUACGACAGUUUAAAUUACAAAAUUCAUGUAAGUCUCAAUAAAAUAUGGCAGAUAGCCAAAAAAAUCAGAGAACUAACUCCCAGUACUUGAGGGGUGGCAGAGGCAGAGGGAACAUAAGACCUAAUAUAUCUUCCCAAAAAAGAAGAGGUGAGCCCAUCGAUACAAAUCGUUCUGGACCAAAAUUCUCCAGGGUAAAUCCGCCAAACAUCACUGCUGAUCGUCUGGAGAGAGAAGUUAAAGAGAUAAAAGCCCUUUAUGGGAAAAAAUCAUCAUCGCAAAACAUAUCAGAUAUGGCCGGAUCUUCAAACGAGUCACAUCCUAACACAGAUCCAUUUGAAAUUGAUAUUACUGAGGAUAAUUCCCAGAAUAGUGCAAACCUUUCUGGGAAUAAAAAUUCAAAUUCAGAGAAGGAUGACGGUUGGAUGAAGGUGACAAGAAGCAAACAAUCAUCCCCUCUCCGAGACUCAAGCAGGCAAACACCCUCGAAGAUGACAACAAGGAACAAAUUCACUGGACUUCCAAUAGACGAGAGCGAGAGAAAUGCACAGGUCGAUGGCACAGGUGUUCACGUCGAUGACAACACCAACAGUCAACAACUGCCGAAUACCCGAAGGUCGCCAGGUCAGAGACCCCCACCCAUACACUCUUACAACCAGAGUAUAAAAGAGUUAGCGAAAAAGAUUUUAGAUAUCUCUAACAAUUAUAAAUCGCGAUUUAGACUAAAACAACCCAGAGAUUCAAAAUGCGUCACAAUACACACGUCAGAUCUUGAAAUGUUUAAUAUUGUUAAAAAAUUACUAUCUGAUGAUAACAUAGAAUACUAUACUUACACUCCUAAAGUUACUAAGCCCAAAACAGUGGUUUUAAAAGACCUUUACGGUGACUUUAAUGAAAAUGAUGUCAUGUCUGAAUUGAGGAGUUUUAAUUUAAAAAAUGUUGAAUUACUAAAAGUCUCCAAAACCCAUUUCAAUAAAAACACCAAUAAUGUAGUAUUUCUGAUACAAAUCUCAAGCCAAUCUUCUUUAGCUGAGCUAACGAAGAUAAAAAUAAUACUUUAUCAAAAAAUACGCUGGGAACCACUGCGCAAAAACACUUUAUUUCAAUGUAAAAAAUGCCAGAGAUUCGGACACUCAAGUGGUAACUGCUCUAUGUCAUUCAGGUGUGUGAAAUGCAGUCUAGGUCACGAGCCUGGAAACUGCAGUAUCGACAAAAACUCAGAUAGAAAUACUUUGAAAUGCGCAAACUGCGAUUCAACAGGGCAUCCUGCUAAUUACAAAGGUUGCCCCUUCUAUAAAUAUUCCCUCCAAAUCGUCAAGAACGACUUGCAUAUAAAUAACCAGAUUAGAGAAGAUAGGAUAGAUAGACUCUCAAAAAAAGUUACUCAUGAAACUUCAUAUGCCAAUGUCGUUAAAAACAAAAAUCAAAAUCAUUUGUACUCGCAAACAGAAUCUCAACCAAAAUCCAUUCGUCAAAGCCAAUCUCAAGGUUGUCCAAACACCCAUAUUAAUCAAUCAAUUGCUGGUCCUGUCCGCCUCGAAACACCCCCUCCAUGGGUGGAAAUCAUGAAAGAGGGGAUAGUAUCGGCAAUCAUGAAGAACCUAAAUAACAUUACUGAGAAAGUAAAUAAUAAUACUAAAAAUAUUGCUAAAAUAUUAGAGCAUCUAAAUCUUAAAGAUGACUAAUUCUAUAACAUACAACUUCCAAAAGGAUAAUAAUAGAGAUAAUAAUCAAUUUACUUUUCAAGAACUAAAAAUAGCUUACAUUAAUGUGAACUCCAUUGUUAGACAGCAAAGGAGAUAUUCCCUUGAAAAAUUCAUAGAGAAUAACAACUUAGAUAUUACAUUUGUAGGAGAAACAAAAUUAAAUAAAAAUCAUAAAAUAAACUUUAACAAUUUCAACUUCAUUCGAAAUGAUCGAAAAAACUCUCAAUUCUCAGGUGGAACGGGAAUUAUCAUCCGAAAAGAUAUGGAAUAUAAAGUAAUUAAUUACCCUAAUUCUUUAAAUAAUCUGGUUUUGGAAUAUUCCAUUAUUAUGGUCCCUACAGUGAACAAUAAAUCCAUCUUCUUCAUUAGUUCAUAUGCCACAAAUGCCGUUCAACAAAAACAAAUAUUUCUGGACGAAUUGAACUUUUUAUUCAGGGAAUUAAAAUUAGAUAAAAACAAUAAUUUCUAUGUCCUCAUGGGUGACUUUAAUGCUAGACACCAAGCCUAUGGUGACUAUAACAUUAAUGAGAGAGGUAGACACCUUAGAGACUGGGAAUUAGCUAACGAUCAAAGGUAUAAAUUAAAUCUCAUCCCCCCAAUUGAUUUCACAUACAUCGAAUCACAAUCAGUCCUGGACUUGGCCCUGAUUGAUUCGAGACUGAACAUUAAUAAUUUAAUAAACGAGAAAAUUCAAACAAAAAUUUACGACAGCGACCACAAAGCGCUGUUUAUUUCGUUAGAUCUUACGGAUGAUCUUCUUAUUGAUCACCCCGAAUUUCAGGAUAAAUUCUACUUUAAUUACAAAAACACUAAUUGGGAAGCUUUUUCUGAAUACCUCGAGAAUAAUUAUCAACUCGCAAUCCCAAAUGAUAGAAACUUGACAAACGAUGAAAUUGAUGAAAAUAUAAAAGGCCUCACCAAAUUUUUAGUCAACUCAAUCGAAUCCCAAGUUCCAAGAGGCAAUCUAUCAGGAAAUAUUACCAAAUACUCAAACAAAAAAAUCAAAAAAUUAAGUAAAAUAAAAUCACGUCUCCUGACGUUAUACCAUAGGUAUCUCAAAAAAGACCCAAAAAAACGUGAUCCUAUAACACGACGCCUCAAAUCAACAAUUGUAAAAUGUAAAAAUAAAAUCAACGAUGAAUUUAAACUAGCAAUCGAAACAUACUGGCAAAAAAUAUAUAAAAGAAUCAAUUACCAAGAUACGGAAAAAUUCAUGCCGACGAUAAAUAACAUUUUUCGUCCUAAAAAAAAACAAACAAUCAAAGAACUAAAAAUAAACUUAAAUGAUGACUCUUUGCUCAAUGAGGCCAACUGUGAUUUGGCUAAAAUUCCAAUAAAUAAUAAUAAAUUCAUUAUAAACGACGAUUCAGAUAUUUUGAAUGUGAUUGGAGCGCAUUAUCAACGAAUUAAUUCCCCGAGAUACUUAAAUGAAAACACUAGACUAAAAGAAUUAGUUGAUUUGAAAAUAGAAAAUUUCAGAACCGACAUGAUCUCUGACAUUUUAAAUUCUAAAACAGUCACAACAUUUAAUCGUAACAAUUUAUCAACGAACGCUGCUUCUAUCAAUAACUUUGAAAAUUAUUUCACUUCCCCAACAACAAUAAAAUUAAUUCUCAAAUAUCUUCCAAACAAAAUCUCAAGUGGUGUUGAUAGAAUUCCCCCAAUUAUUAUUAAACAUCUCCCAAAAAAUAUAAUUAUUGACCUUACCAUUAUAAUGAACAAUGCAUUGAAUAAUUGUUAUUUCCCUGAGAUUUGGAAAACAGCUAUAGUCAUUCCAAUUCAUAAAAAUGGAAAAAGCAUAGAUGAACCAGUCAGUUACCGUCCAAUCAGCAUGACGCCAGCAUUGAGCAAAGUUUUUGAAGCAACAAUUAAUAACUCUAUCUUAUCUUUUGAAAGAAAAAAAAAAAUAAUCCCAGACAACCAAUAUGGUUUUCGGUUCCAACAUUCUACUCUGCACGCUGUCAAUAAACUGUUAUCAGACGUAAAUGAACAACUUUACAAUUAUAAGAUGGUAGGCGCUGUGUUAUUAGACCUUGAGAAGGCCUUUGACUCCGUCUGGUUGAACGGCCUUACCUAUAUUCUCAUUAAAUAUGAAUUUCCAAUACAUUUAAUUAGAACUAUUUGGAACAUGACGCAUGAUAAAAAAUUUAGAGUGAUCAAUCACAACAAUGCCUUGAGUUCGACUUUUGUUAUAAAAGAAGGCCUACAACAAGGCACAAUUAAUUCCCCGUGUUUAUUCUCGAUAUUCACAUCGCAUAUGAUUAACGCAUUUGAAUUAAACAAUAAUAACAACACACACUCCAUCGCAUACGCCGAUGAUAGGAUCAUUUAUAUCUCUGACCACUCUUAACUUAUGGAGCCGAAAUACUAUGGAAUCUAGGCGCACAUCAAGCUGAAGUCCUGAGAGUCUUUGAGAGGAAAUGUCUCAGAACAUCACUAUUUUUAUAUCGUUCUGAACAUUCAAAUUAUCAACGGCAAGUUAACAACAUAACUUUAUACAAUCGAGCUAAAAUUCCCAGGAUCGAUAAUUUCAUUUUAAAACUAGCUAGAAAUUACUAUCAAAAAUUAAAAUCCAUAAAAAACGAAACUAUUAAUGCUUUCACAAACAUAGACAAAGAAGAAGCUACUAAUAGAGCAGCAUAUGGUUAUAUCAAACCUCAAUAUUUCACGUGGUAUGAUAAAAUCGGUCUAUUCCAAGAUGAAAUUAAUAGACCAAUUUUAUAUCACAUCCCAAGGCACAAAAAAAAUAAUAAAAUUUUAAUUCAUAAUCUCAAAAAUGAAAGGUUCAAGUACUCCAGAGAUAUUCCGGAAGUCGACAUGAUCGACUUCUAUAGAAUAAAUAAAAAUUUCUGGUGGAUACACGAAGAAGAUGAAUUUAUAUCCAAACUUGAAAACAGAAAAAUUCUUUUCAAAGAGACAAAUAGGCCUCAAAACAGAGCCCAAAAUAGAUUCAUGAGGAAUAAUUACCGUCCACCAUAAUAAUAAUAAUAAUAAAAACUAAGAUAAAGUUUCCUAAUGGAAUCAAAAUUAAUAACCAAUAUAAAGAGAUUUAUCAACUGAGAUAAAUCUAUUAAUGAUAAUAUCAAAAACACUUAAUCUUAAGUUAACAUUUAAAGGAAAAAAAAAAAAAUAUACAUAAUAUUGUUAGGACAGAAUGCGUCAAUUAUUUAUUAAUUGAUGCAUUCUGUCCAAGUUCUAUUCCUGUAAUUACUAAAGCGCCUUUUUUUUGGACAAUAAAUACGAAAUUAUCUCCUUUC